GGGAACCUUGUAGGUGGGCGGGCAGACUGGAGCCAGGGAGAUGGCGGCGCAGGCUGUGUCGCUCCUGCGGGAGGUGGCGCGGCUGGAGGCGCCGCUGGAGGAGCUUCGUGCGCUGCAGUCGGUGGUGCAGGCUGUGCCGCUGCACGAGCUUCGCGAGCAGGCGGCGGAGCUACGCCUCCGCCCGCUGUUCUCCUUGCUUAACCAGAACAAUCGAUUGGAAGAAUUGUUGAAAAUUCAGAAGCUGUUACCGAGAUCCUCAAUAAUGCUGAGCUGUUGAAACAGAUUGUUUAUUGCAUUGGUGGAGAGAGUUUAUCUGUUGCUAAAGCGGCUAUUAAAUCCCUGUUGAGAAUAUCGCUAACCCAGGCUGGCCUGGAAGCUCUGUUUGAAAGUAACCUGCUGGAUGAUUUGAAGAAUGUAAUGAAAACAAACGACGUUGUUCGAUACAGGGUCUAUGAGCUAAUUAUAGAUAUUUCUUCUGUGUCAUCAGAAUCUUUAAACUACUGUACCACAAGUGGACUGGUGACUCAACUCCUAAAAGAGCUGACGGGUGAGGACGUGUUAGUCAGAGCCACCUGUAUAGAAAUGGUGACAUCACUAGCAUAUACCCAUCACGGACGACAAUACCUUGCUCAAGAAGGAGUCAUUGACCAGAUAUCCAAUAUAAUUGUUGGCGCAGAUUCAGACCCUUUUUCUGGCUUCUAUCUGCCAGGAUUUGUGAAGUUUUUUGGAAACCUGGCCGUCAUGGAUAGUCCUCAGCAGAUCUGUGAGCGCUACCCUGUUUUUCUGGAGAAGGUGUUUGAAAUGGCGGAUAGUCAAGACCCCACCAUGAUUGGUGUCGCUGUCGACACAGUUGGAAUCCUGGGAUCCAGUGUUGAAGGAAAACAAGUUUUACAGAAGACAGGAACCCGCUUUGAACGUGUCCUCAUGAAAGUAGGAUAUCAAGCAAAGAAUGCUUCCACGGAGCUGAAGAUUAGGUGCUUGGAUGCAGUUUCCUCUCUCCUGUAUUUAUCACCUGAGCAGCAGACUGAUGACUUCCUGGGAAUGACAGAGUCCUGGUUCUCCUCCAUGUCCCGAGACUCCCUGGAGCUCUUCCGUGGGAUCAGUAACCAGCCCUUCCCGGAGCUACACUGUGCUGCCUUGAAAGUGUUCACAGCUAUUGCAGACCAGCCCUGGGCUCAGAGACUUAUGUUUAACAGUCCAGGUUUUGUAGAGUUUGUGAUGGACCGGUCUGUGGAACAUGACAAAGCUUCAAAGGAUGCCAAAUAUGAACUGGUAAAAGCACUUGCCAAUUCCAAGACAGUUGCAGAGAUCUUUGGGAACUCAAAUUAUUUGAGACUCAGAGCGUACCUAAGUGAAGGUCCAUACUAUGUGAAACCUGUUGCCACAACAGCAGUAGAGGGAGCUGACUGAUUCCUUUCCGCCUAAGACAGAGCAGAAUUGCCCAAGGCACAUGAUUCCAUCCGUGCUCCACACCACAGGACGUCUGUCUUCCCAGAGCUACCAUGGCGUGGCACAGCCUCACCAUCAGCAGUGUUGUCCCUACUUAAUGCUGUGUAGACUCGGCUCUUGUAAAAGCAGUAGGAGCCUGAGAGUGCUCGUGCUUCCCCGAGUCCUCUGGCUGCCAAAGCUCUGCUGCAAGGUCGAGGUUUGUUUUCUCAAAGUUUCCGUGGGCACACUCAUGACCUUUUUAAAAAAUAAAAUGAAGCCAAAAUGAUUCUGGAUUCUCUCAACAACAUUUUCUUUUUCCUUACCUGAUUUUUGCCUCAAAAUCUUGGGUAUCUUGGGUAGUCUCUAAAAAACAAGUCAUUUAGAAUCAUCGAAUUAUAUUAUUUGUAUACAAGGAAUAAUAGUUUUAAUAAUAUUUCUUACUUUUCCUUUGAAAAUAAAAUAAAUCCAAAACUUGUUUGGCAUUGGUAUUUCGGCUGUGUGUCACUUUUACCAUGUAGUGGUUACAGGGAAGGAAGUGUAAUGCCUUAACCAGAAAGUUUCCUUAAUUACCAUUUUAUCCAUUGCUGAGUCAUCAUCACUGAGGGUGGGGGUAAUUCUUCAGACCUAUUAAGUCUAGUCUUGAGGUAAUCAGAGAGACUCUGGCUCCUAAUGUCCAACAUCAGAAGAGAAGGGACAGUGUGUACAAACUAAGAUGUUCUGUCAGAAGGGACAGCGUGUACCAACUAACAUGCCAUGUCACUGUUUUACAAAUGUUUAUAUCUAAACAGCAAAGCUCUCGACACACAAAAAAUACUUGGGGGAAGGGAGUGUUGCUCGAGCCUGUCAGUGGCACUUUAGAACCAGGAUGUGUUUCUUUUAGGCUGUGCUGAGGUAGCUAAGUCAUCCCUUCCUGUAACCUGACUUUCGAAUGACUGGAGUCCUGGUCCAGCUGCGUUUCCUUUUCCACACUGAUCGUUUCUAUAUGACCAAUAUCGCAAAUUAGCCUAUACCUGACUUAUUUUAAUGGCAUUCAUGAUGUUACGUUUUUCCCC